AUGGUCGAGGGACCGGGGUCCGUUUCAGCGCCUGUCCCCCCCCCGGCAGCAGCAGCAGCAGUGCCGGCAGAGCCGCUGACAGCACCGCCGCCGCCGCCGAAGCCUGCCAUCUCCCGCUACCGAAGCCUGCGAGGCAAAAGCGUCUCGUCGCUGCGGCCCUUUGACAUCUUCCGCAACAGCGCCAGCAGCUGCAGCAGCAGCAGCAGCACGACCAACACCAACACGACCAACACCCACCACACGCUGAGCGCCAGCAGCAGCACCGUCGACAGCAGCAACGACGACGAGCGCCAUAACUCCGAGCCGCUGCUGCACCGUCGCUCCAAGACGGCCACGGCCACGGCCUCGCCCUCGCGCCAUGCGACGCGACCGCCGCCCCUCCCUGAUUUUUCACCCACAUCUGUCCUUAGCCCGAGGCCCGUCAAUGCAACGCUCAAACCCAGCCUGACCGCCCUCGGGAGCCUCAAGACGCCCAUUGAAAGCGUCAAGGAGACGCUGCUGCAAAAGGCCGCGGCCAGCGCCAACAGCCGCGCUGCCGCCGCCACCGCCAGCGCCGGCGACACCAACCUUCACGCCACCAACCCCUUGAUUGCCCUGGGCGAGGGAGCCGACAGCGAUCGCGGCAACGACCAAGAGAACAACAGACCCAGCAAUAAUCACAACGACGACAAGAUCCGAAAAGACGACGCAAUAGUGCACAGCAUAGUCGCAUCGCCCCCCCCCGCCGCAACAGCCCCUGCGGAGGCGCAGCAGCCAGAAACCCCUCCUCCAAAGCACAGCGCAGGCGCGCAGACGAAGCACGUCAACACAGACGAGGCGGCCCUGCUGGCCGAGCGGCUCGAGGCUGAGACGGACCGCAUCUUGGCCGAACAAAAGAAGCUCGACCUCGCCAGGCUCCAGGCACAGCUCGUCACCCCUCCGCCCAAGCCCUGCCGGCGUCCUCUGCUCGACACCUUCGCCUUUCUCGCGCGGGGCCGGCGGUCCAACGCCAAGAACCCCAGUCAACCGGGCACGCCCAGCACAAUCUCCCCGUCCAUCUUCUCGCCCGCCUUGGCCGGCAGCGGCAGCCUGUUUAGCCGCAACAGCAGCGUCGACGACUCGCUCAGGAUGAGCUUCAUUGAGCCCGGCGGCAAGGGCAUUGUCCCCCAGUUCGAUGCCCCCGCGUCGGCAAUCAACGGCGGAGAAAGGCGCGUCAUUGUGCGGUGCCUCUCCUCGACCACCACUCUGCCCUUUACGGCCGACACGUCGCCCGUCGACAUUGUCGUCGCGUCGGCAGAAAAGACGAACCAUGUCAUUACGCCCACGACCUGCGUCGUCAUUGAGUGCUACUUCGUGCUCGGUCUGGAACGCCGCCUCCGCCGCUACGAGCGCGUCCGCGACGUCCUCAAUUCCUGGGACAAUGACGAGCAGAACUCGCUCCUCAUCCUGCCUUGCGACUCCCCCAAGGACGACCGCGGCCUCGACCUUGACUCGGUGCCUCGCACAGACGACCCUCCGCCCGGCUUCUGCCUCCAGCUUCACCACUCGGCGCGCCCUGGCAAGUGGAAUAAGCGCUGGGUCACCCUGCUGGACAGCGGGCAGGUCUUUGCCUCGAAGCGCGCCGAAGCCAGCCCCCUCGACAAGGACAGCAUCGUGCUGUGCCAUUUGUCCGACUUUGACAUCUACUCGCCCAAGGAGAGCGAGAUGCGCCGCAACCUCAAGCCGCCAAAGAAGUUUUGCUACGCCAUCAAGAGCCAGCAAAAGACAAAUGUGUUUCCCAACGGCGAGAACUUUGUCCACUUCUUCUGCACCGACGACGACAAGCUGGCCUCGCGCUUCUACGAGAUGGUGCACGGCUGGCGGAGCUGGUACCUGGUCAACAGGGACGCUGGCAAGAGCACCGAGAAGGGCCCGCGCGUGUCCAUCGACGAGACGUCGUACAGGAGCGAGGAGCCGCUCAUGGAUGUCAGCGGCUUCAAGGUGCCCGAUGUUCCCCGCGUCGACACGACGCUCACCAAGCGCUCGUCCAAGGACUCUCCGCGGUCAAAGGGCCAGACACCGCCGUGGUCCGAGACAACCGACAAAGAGCGCGAGUUCUUUGCCGGCGGUCUGCUCGGCGACGCGUACGACAAGCGGAAGCAGGACGAGGUGGCGAAUACCCAGACUCGCGGUCACGAUGCUAAGGCUGACGGGCCGUUUACCGUGGGCCCCUCCCUGUUAAACGGCGGUGUCUCGGGCGCCGCCGAGGCCCCCGAGAGGCGUCCCAUGACGGCAGACGCCGCCGCCCAGCUGCGACGCGAGAAGCAGCAGCAGCACCACCAUCAGCAGCCGCCGUCCCAGCCACUGCUCAGCUUUGGCAAGGAUUUUCCCGAGCCGCCGCGCUUCCGUGACGCCCAUGGCCACGGGCCCAGGCACGCGGCCGGCCAGCCGCUCAUCAACUUCGCCACGGGCGGGCCGCCCCAGCUGCACAAUGCGCCCCCGCAGCGCGCCAUGUCUCGGAGAGGCGCCUCGGGCUCCGUAGGUGGCGGCCGCCGCUUCAGCCCCGAGGAGCUACCCCCGGUCCCGGCCCUGCCUAAUCGCUCGGUCCGGCGGGACAAGUUCGGAGAGGCGCACCAUGGCGGCGGCCCUUCUGCACGCCACGCCGAGCCCCUCGUCAACCGCGCGCGGUGA